UAACGGAGCAGACACGCACCGUGACCCGGAUGUUAACGGAGCAGACACGCCGCACCGACCGAAGUGCAACUGAUUUCUGGAUGAUUCUCUGAUGAGCUGACGGCAGAAACACACAACACACCGAUGAGAGCCGUCUGUUUAAGAUGUUAGAGGUCUGCCCGGCAACAGAGAGGAGCUAACCCACCAAUGGCCUGCCAGUCUGUCUGUGCAGUCAUGGACGAGCAGGCGCUGCUGGGGCUCAACCCCAACGCCGACGCCCCCUACAGGCAGAGGGCCAUGGCUUACUUCGAGCAGCUGAAGGCGUCUCAGGACGCGUGGGAGGUUUGUGCCGACGCCCUCGCUAACGGGCUCUACAGCGACGACCACGUCAAGUUCUUCUGCUUCCAGGUUCUGGAGCAUCAGAUCAAGUUCAGACACGCUGGUCUGAGGUCAGCUCAGCAGCAGCUGAUCAGAGAGACUCUGAUGAAGUGGCUCCAGGUUCAGCUGAUGAACGCCCAGCCGGAGAAGCCCUUCAUCAGGAACAAGGCGGCCCAGGUGUUCGCCCUCACCUUCAUCAUGGAGUACCUGACUCUGUGGCCCAAGUUCUUCUUCGACAUCCUGUCGCUGGUGGGUCUGAACCCUCACGGCGUGGACAUCUACCUGAGGACGCUCAUGGCCAUCGACGCCGAGGUGGUGGACCGAGACAUCCUCCACCUGCCCGACGAGACGAGGAGGAACACGCUGAUCAAAGACCACAUGAGGGAGCAGUGCAUCCCCAACCUGGUGGAGUCCUGGUUCCAGAUCCUGCAGACCUACCAGCAGUCCCACCCAGAGCUCACCUGCCAGUGUCUGGAGGUGGUGGGGGCCUUCGUGUCCUGGAUCGACCUCAACCUCAUCGCCAACGACCGCUUCGUGAACCUGCUGCUGAGCCAGAUGUCGGUGGAGGAGCUCCGAGAGGAGGCCUGCGACUGCCUGUUUGAAAUAGUGAACAAGGGGAUGGACCCCGUGGACAAAACCAAGCUGGUGGAGUCUCUGUGCCGAGUGCUGCAGGCGGCCGGCUUCUUCCACGUGGAGCAGGAGGAGGACGUGGACUUCCUGGCCAAGUUCUCCCGGCUGGUGAACGGGAUGGGUCAGGGUCUGGUGCUCAGCUGGACCCGGCUGGCCAAGACCGGCAACGUGAAGGACACGGCGGACACGCUGCAGGCCGUGGAGGCCAAGGUGCCGCUGCUGCUGCAGCUGCUGGUGCACGAGGACGACGACAUCUCGGCCAACAUCGUGGGCUUCUGCUACGAGUACCUGCACGUCCUGAAGCAGCUUCCCCAACUCACCGACCAGCAGAAGACAAACAUCGAGGCGAUCAUGUUGGCUGUCAUGAAGAAACUGACGUAUGACGACGAGUACAACUUUGAAAACGAGGGUGAAGAUGAAGCCAUGUUUGUGGAGUACAGGAAGCAGCUGAAGAUGCUGUUGGACCGACUGGCUCAGGUUUCUCCUGAGCUGCUGCUGGAGGCCGUACGGCGAGUCUUCAACAACACCAUGCAGACCUGGCAGACCACGGCGUUCAUGGAGGUGGAGGUGGCCGUGCGGCUGCUCUACAUGCUCGGUGAAGCUCUGCCGGCGUCGCACGGCGCUCACUUCACCGGAGACACGGCGAAGACCAGCGCCCUGCAGGACAUGAUGAGGACGCUGGUGUCCUGCGGCGUCAGCAGCUUCCAGCACAGUUCUGUCUCUCUGGAGUUCUUUGAAACCGUCGUCAGAUACGACAAGUUCUUCCUGGUGGAGCCUCAACACAUCCCCAACGUGCUGAUGGCGUUUCUGGACCAACGAGGACUGAGACACAACAGUCCAAAGGUCCGCAGCAGAGUCGCCUACCUCUUCUCCAGAUUCAUCAAGACGCUGCAUAAACACAUGACCGCCUUCAUCGAGGACAUCCUGACCAGGAUCCAGGAUCUGCUGGAACUGGCUCCUCCCGACACCGGCUUCACGGCGCUGCUGACCAGCGACGACCAGCUGUUCAUGUUCGAGGCGGCCGGCGUGCUGAUCGUGAACGCGGAGUGUCCGGCGGAGAGGAAGCAGGCGCUGAUGAGGAGCCUCCUGCUGCCGCUGACCGACGCCUUCCGCCUGCUGCUCGCCAAGCUGCCGCAGGAGACGCAGGACGACAGGCAGGCCGCGCUCGCCGACUGCCUGAGCCACGCCGUCGGGUUCGCCAGCCGGACCAGCAAGGCGUUCAGCAACAAGCAGACUGUGAAGCAGUGCGGCUGCACGGAGGUCUACAGAGACUGCCUGCAGACCUUUCUGCCGGCGCUGAGCUGCCCCGUCCAGCGGGGGACGCUGCGCAGCUCGGUGCGCUCCUUCCUGCACCGGAUGAUCAUCUGCAUGGAGGAGGAGGUGCUGCCCUUCAUACCCGCCGCCUCCGAGCACAUGCUGAAGGACUGCGAGGCCAAAGACCUGCAGGAGUUCAUCCCGCUCAUCAGCCAGAUCGCCGCCAAGUUCAAGCAGCAGGUGUCGCCCUUCCUGCAGCAGGUCUUCAUGCCGCUGGUGCUCGCCAUCUUCGGGGUGCUGGCCCGGCCGGCGGAGGACAACGACCAGGCGGCGGCUCUGGAGAAGCAGAUGCUGAGGAGGAGCUACUUCACCUUCAUCCAGACCGUCGCAGGAAGUGGGAUGAACGAGGUGAUGGCCAACCAGGGAGCAGAAAACAUCGAGCGUGUGGUGUUCACCAUCAUCCAGGGAGCCGUGGACUUCCCCGACCCCAUCGCCCAGAAGACCUGCUUCCUCGUCCUCUCCAAGCUGGUGGAGUUGUGGGGAGGGAAAGACGGCAUGGUGGGAUUCCCUGACUUUAUCUACAAGCACAUCGUUCCUGCGUGUUUCCUGGCGCCUCUCAAACCGACCUUUGACCUCUCGGACGCUCAGACGGUGCUGACGCUGUCAGAAGUUGCUCUCACGCUGAAGAUGAUUCAUCUCAAACGGGGGCCGGAGUUCAUCCACUUCCUGCAGCAGGAAUAUUUACCUUCGCUGCAGGUGUCGCCAGAGAUUUCUCAGGAGCUUUGCCAGGUGGUCCAGCAGCCGGACAUCAAAGUCCUGAAGAGCUACAUGAAGGCGUUCUUCCAGCGAGCCAAGCUGUAGCAGAUCCACAGGAAGUGGUGGUACACAGGAAGUGGUGGUAACAACUCAACAGGGACCGUAGCAUAGGAGCUGCUUUUGCACUUAACGAGUGGACGCGUGACGAAGUCUGUCCGGCGCUCGGCGGACGGAUCGAAGACGAGCUGUCGGCGAGGAGCGCCGGGACGUCUGGAGAGAACCGGAGAACCCCAUCGAAGCUUGGUUCUGGUAAAACACUUCUCAACAGACUGUUUUGGAAGAUGGACAGAAAACGAGGGCUGAACCGUUUUAUUUUACUCGAUGUGGCUUUGAUUUCUUUUUUUUGUGUGGAGGAUUUAAAGUUUGACGUGAAACUGCUUCUCUCGUAUUAUUUCACAAACAAUUCUCCAUUUAAAAGCAGUUAAUUGUCUUUGUGUCCGUUACCUCAUGAACCUUUCAGCCCUUAUGGUGCGUUCAAAGACCUGACCUUUCAGCCCUUAUGGUGCGUUCAAAGACCUGACCUUUCAGCCCUUAUGGUGCGUUCAAAGACCUGACCUUUCAGCCCUUAUGGUGCGUUCAAAGACCUGACCUUUCAGCCCAUAUGGUGCAUUCAAAGACCUGAUGAAGACGCUCAACUUUCAGCCCUUAUGGUGCGUUCAAAGACCUGACAGCCCAGCCCUUAUGGUGCAUUCAAAGACCUGAUGAAGACGCUCAACUGUCAGCCCUUAUGGUGCGUUCAAAGACCUGACCUUUCAGCCCAUAUGGUGCGUUCAAAGACCUGACCUUUCAGCCCAUAUGGUGCGUUCAAAGACCUGAUGAAGACGCUCAACUUUCAGCCCUUAUGGUGCGUUCAAAGACCUGACAGCCCAGCCCUUAUGGUGCAUUCAAAGACCUGAUGAAGACGCUCAACUUUCAGCCUUUAUGGUGCGUUCAAAGACCUGAUGAAGAUGCUCAUCUUUCAGCCCUUAUGGUGCGUUCAAAGACGUGACUCGUAUAUUUUUUAUUUCAGAUGUAAAUAAGAUGUUAAAGUGUAAAUACGGUUCCUAGAUUUACUUUUUUUAAAUCUUCAUUCCCAAAUGGAAGAUCACUGCUGCCAGAAAAUAUUAUAAAUACUCAUUAAGUAAAGAUUGAGAUAAUAAAGUUCUUAAGUUUGAUUUAGUUUUAUAGAAUAAUUUUUCUUCUGACUUAAUUAUUUGACGUGUAAAUCUUAAAAUGGCCGUUGAGACUAAAGUGUUAAAUUUACACAAAUUAUCCAACACUUGACGUAUUUUUAUUUAUCGUGAUUUUUAGUUUUCAUAUUUUACUCGGUAUCUCAUUAUUGGGACUUAAUGAGUAUUUAUUCAUAAUCUUUCUUAGAAUGUCAUUUGUUUUGAGAUUUUAAUUUGAAUCUUCUCAGCGUUAAUGAGUUUCCAUAAAAACAAAGUGGAUUUGUUUUGUAUUCGUGACAAUUGGACAUGUAAAAUAACACCAAACUUUAAAUGUUUAUCCAGAAACAUAAACGCUGCAUUUGUACUAUUUUCAGCGGCGGAUGUAAAUAAAAAAAGUAGAAUAUCACAAAUCUAAUUUCAGCUGAUUUAAAUAUAAAGAACGUGUCAUUAUUUUGGUCUUCAGGUGAACUCCACUAGGACCUUUAAUUUGGGCCUUUAGGUCAAACAAGUCUUUGUUUUCACUGUAAAUGUUCAGAUGAGAAGUUUAGAGAUGGGGUUAGCGUAGCUUAGCAUAAAGUGCUAUCCUAGUUUGAUUUGCCCACAAACGACUGGGGCUAUUUCGUGCUAAGCUAGGCUAACCCGUAAAACAAACACUAGCCAAUUAUUCACCACUUUGUCCUCAAACAGCUGAGUUUCCUUCCUGUUUGAGGCCUUCUGGUCGUUGCUGAUGAAAUAAACCAAUAAAGUGUUUACUAACCCCGA